AUGGUGGACAUCGUCCCCGUCUCCUCCUACCCCUCGCACAUCUCCCUCCUCCCCUCCAUCCAACAAUGCAACCUCACCAACCUCCCCGAAAACUACUUCCUCAAAUACUACCUCUACCACGCCCUCACCUGGCCGCAACUCUCCUUCGUCGCCAUUGUCCGGCCACCCAAUAACAAACACACCCCAUACCCCAAAGUCGUCGGCUAUGUUCUCGCCAAAAUGGAAGAGGAUCCGCCCGACGGCGUGCAGCAUGGGCAUAUCACGAGUUUGAGUGUGAUGAGGACGCACAGACGACUGGGUAUUGCCGAGAAGCUGAUGCGGAAUAGUCAGAGGGCGAUGGCGGAGGUGUUUGGGGCCGAGUAUGUGAGUUUGCAUGUCAGGCUGGCGAACAAGGCAGCAUUACAUCUAUACCGAGACACACUCGGAUUUGAGGUGGAGAAGGUCGAAAGCAAAUACUAUGCGGAUGGGGAGGAUGCGUAUGCGAUGAGGAUGGAUCUGAGGAGUAUGCAGAUCAAGGAUGUGGGCGAGGGCGAUGAGGAUGAGGGUGAUGCCGUGGGGGAUGCUGACAAGAAGGAGGAGACUACGGUCAAUGGAGAGAAGAUGGUCAAGGUCAAGGUUGGGAGGGGGCUUGGAGUGGGCGAUUUGGUUGAGAAGAACGAGGCUACGGCGAAGGGUUCGUGA